ACACAACCAAACCCUCUUGACCUUGUGAUAUCUCUCUCUUUUAAUUUCUAGGAUCAAACCAAAAAAUGGUCUUAGAAGAGAGUGUAGUGCAUGAUGUGAGGCUAUCCUCAGUUGGGCCGGGCCGGGCCACCGGGUCGGACGUAUUCCACAACCCGGGUGGCUUGGACUUGGCCAUGAAGCUUCACUACCUUAGAGUGGUGUACUUCUUUGAUAGUGAGGCUGCACAAGACCUAACCAUCAUGAAAAUUAAGGAUGGCAUGUUCACUUUGUUCAACCAUUACUUCAUCACCUGUGGCCGGUUCCGGCGAUCGGAUUCCGGUCGACCCUUAAUCAAGUGCAAUGAUUGUGGAGCAAGGUUCAUUGAGGCCAAGUGCAACAAAACCCUAGAUGAGUGGCUAGCCAUGAAGGAUUGGCCCUUGUACAAGUUGCUCGUCUCUCACCAAGUCAUUGGCCCAGAACUAUCUUUUUCUCCUCCUGUUUUGUUCCAGGUGACUAAAUUUAAGUGCGGCGGAAUUUCAUUGGGUCUUAGUUGGGCCCACGUAUUGGGGGAUCCUCUUUCGGCUUCAGAAUUCAUUAACUCUUGGGGUCUAAUAUUGAAAAAUAUGGGCCUAAAAAUGCUUUUUAACAUCCCAAGAUCCAUCCCAACACCCGGACAGCCCGGACCUGAAAAGGAUCCAGUUUCAGCAAAACGGAUCGACCCGGUGGGAGAUCAUUGGAUUCCAGCCAACAACAAAAAAAUGGAGACAUUCUCCUUCCACCUAACUAGCUCCCAGUUGAACUACUUGCAAGCACAAAUUUGGGGUCCAAGUCUUGACCAAACCCCUCCUUUUGAAUCACUAUGUGCCAUGAUUUGGCGUUGCAUGGCCCGAAUUCGACCAGGAUCCGAACCCAAAACCGUAACUGUGUGUAGAAGCAACCCCUAUAAGAGGGGCAAUGAUAUCAUUGGUAACAACCAAGUGAUAUGCAAGGUUGAUGCUGCAAGUGAAUCCUCAAUUCUUGACACUGAUUUGACAGUUUUAGCUAGCAUGCUUGUGGAUCAAGGUGUGGAUGAGAGGAAGCAAAUUGAGGAAGCAGUUGAGAGAGACCAAGGUGUGAGUGAUUUCUUCGUCUAUGGUGUCAACUUGACAUUUCUAGACUUACAAGAAACCAAUGUGUAUGACUUGCAAUUGAAGGGACACACACCAAAGUUUGUUUACUACACCCUUCAAGGUGUUGGAGAUGAAGGGGUUGUUUUGGUGUAUCCAUUGCCCAAAGGUUCUAUGGAGAAUGGUGUUGAUGGGAAGUUUCUGACCAUGAUUUUUCCGGAGGAUGAAAUGGUGAAGCUUAAAUCUGAGCUCAAGAUAAUUGGUCUUUUGCUUGAGAAUAAUUAAGUUUUAAUGAGAUUAAAAGCAUGUUUGACUUUCCGUUCAUCUUGUUAGCACGAAUUUCAAUUUUAAAUUCAAUGGUCAACCGUAUAUUAACGCAAAAGGAAUGAUGGAGAUGCUUUUGCAAACUUCAUUUUUCACCAAUGUUGGUUCGUCGAAUACCCAAACACGCAUUAAAUAUUUGUUAAUGAAUAAAUUUCUUUUUUAUUUGAUGUAUCUGUGAGCAAGGAAAACUUUCAGUUUGUAAUACAUAAUUUAUUGUUUUAAAGUCAA